CUGGAGGACUUGCGCAGAUGACUGCAGCGUGACACACGUGUGGAGGAAGUGCAGUGACAUAUCUGUAGCAGCAGCAGCAGUCUCCUCUCUCUCUCUCCACACAGCGCCUGCUAAACUGUGUUUUAUUUAUUCCCGGUGAAAUGUCGUGGCUGUUCGGCCUGAACAAGGGGCAGCCUGAGGCGGCUCCCGUGCUCCCGGUGCAGCCGCCGCCUCCACCGCCGCCGGCCGGGGGCUCCGGUGGCGGCGGAGAUAAACCCAAGGACAAAUGGAGCAACUUCGAUCCCACCGGCCUGGAGCGGGCUGCUAAUGCGGCCAAGGAGCUCGACAAGUCCCGACAUGCAAAAGAAGCUCUGGAUUUGGCUCGUAUGCAGGAGCAGAGCACCCAGAUGGAGCACCAGAGCAAAAUGAAGGAGUACGAAGCAGCGGUCGAGCAGCUCAAAGGCGACCAGAUACGAGUCCAGGGUGAGGAGAGGAGGAAAACUCUGAAUGAGGAGACCAAGCAGCACCAAGCUAGAGCUCAGUACCAAGAUAAACUGGCCAGACAGAGAUAUGAGGACCAACUAAGGCAACAGCAAAUCCUGAAUGAGGAGAACCUCCGCAGACAGGAGGAGUCGGUACAAAAACAGGAAUCCAUGAGGAAAGCAACGAUAGAGCACGAGAUGGUGCUGAGGCACAAGAAUGAGCUUCUGCGUAUAGAGGCGGAAACCAAAGCUCGGGCCCGCAUGGAGAGAGAGAACGCUGAUAUCAUCCGAGAGCAAAUCCGCCUGAAGGCUGCAGAACACAGGCAGACUGUCCUGGAGUCCAUAAAAACCGCAGGAGCUGUGUUUGGAGAAGGAUUCAGGGCCUUUGUAUCAGACUGGGACAAAGUCACAGCCACGGUGGCAGGACUGACCCUUCUAGCUGUGGGAGUUUAUUCAGCCCGAAACGCGACCGGGGUGGCAGGACGUUACAUCGAGGCGCGGCUUGGGAAGCCGUCGCUGGUGCGAGAGACGUCCAGAUUCACUGUGGCAGAGGCGAUCAAGCAUCCAGUCAAGACGACGAAGCGGCUCAGGAGCAAACCUGAGGAUGCACUCAAGGGAGUUGUGCUCAGUCCUUCCCUUGAAGAGCGUGUGCGUGACAUCGCCAUAGCAACAAGAAACACACGACAGAAUAACGGCCUCUACAGGAACAUCCUCAUGUACGGCCCACCAGGCACUGGGAAAACACUGUUCGCUAAGAAGCUAGCAACGCAUUCUGGGAUGGACUAUGCAAUUAUGACCGGUGGUGAUGUGGCACCCAUGGGUCGCGAUGGUGUGACCGCCAUGCAUAAAGUUUUUGACUGGGCCGGCACAAGUCGACGCGGGCUGCUGCUGUUUGUUGAUGAAGCCGAUGCCUUCCUCCGUAAGAGAUCCACUGAGAAGAUCAGUGAAGACCUCAGAGCCACUUUGAAUGCGUUCUUGUAUCGCACUGGAGAACAGAGCAAUAAGUUCAUGUUGGUGUUGGCCAGUAACCAACCGGAGCAGUUUGACUGGGCUAUUAAUGACCGUAUAGAUGAAAUAGUGAAUUUUGCUCUGCCAGGUCCUGAGGAAAGGGAGAGGCUGGUGCGGUUGUACUUUGACAGAUAUGUGCUGGAGCCCGCCACUGGAGGGAGGCAGAGGAUGAAGCUGGCACAGUUUGACUAUGGUGAAAAGUGCUCUGAGAUAGCGAAGAGGACAGAUGGCAUGUCAGGAAGAGAGAUCUCCAAGCUGGGUGUGGCCUGGCAGGCAGCAGCAUAUUCUUCUGAAGAUGGUGUCCUGACAGAGGCUAUGAUUGAUGCUCGGGUGGAUGACGCCGUCAAGCAACACGCUCAGAAGAUGGACUGGCUGCACGGAGAGGAUGCGGCCAGAACCCUUACACCUCUCUCAGCUGGGGCGACAGCCAGCGGAGGCAAAUUGGGCUUCAAUCUGCCCCUCAGUGAGCCACCUCAGGCUCAGGAGGUGAUUGCUCCAGUCCUCGAGACAAAUGCAAAGCAGGAAGGUGACAGUAUUCUGCCUCUGCCAGACAUUGAUCUAUCAGCAGAGGACAAAAUUGCCUCCCUAGUUGGACGGGACUGUGAAGAUGUUGUCAAAGCAGAACCUGCAACAGCAGAGAAGAGUUUAGCCCAGACUGCUAGCGUCACUUACGGUGACGGAAAGGUGGAAACAGAAGCCAUGGUUGAAACGGAAGCCAAGCUGGAGAAGGAAGCCAUGGUUGAAAUGGUAGCAUCCAAGGUGGAGACGGAAGCGAUGGUGGAGACGGAAGCCAGGAUGGAGACGGAAGCCAUGGUUGAAAUGGAAGCCGCCAAGGUUGAAACAGAAGCCAAGGUGGAGACGGAAGCCGUCAAGGUGGAGACGGAAGCCCUGGUUGAAACGGAAGCCGCCAUGGUUGAAACAGAAGCCGCCAAGGUUGAAACUGAAGCCAAGGUGGAGAUGGAAGCCAAGACUGGAUCUUCUCCUCCAAAGGAUGGAACUCCAGUCUGAUUUGUUCACUGGGACUACCUAGACUUGAAAGAUCUGUGUCCUGUCCCUUACUCUGUCAGUUUGUCCAAUAGCCUGUUGGACUGUCUAUUAUGACAGAAGAUGAGUUCAUAGGGUUGGGAGGGCAUAAUGAAUCACCUUCAACACAGCGCCUGAAACUCUUUCAUUCUGAUAAAUAAUGUAAACAUUGUAAAAGUGUACUUAACAUAGAAACCAGACUCUGUCUGUAAGAACAGUAUAUACAUGUUGUCCACAGUGAAAUGUCUGUGAAAAUGAUUAAAUGGUUCUGAGUUUUUACAAACAAAAACAAAAAAGUUCUGAUGUCUCAUAAACAGUUUGGGGCAAAGUUGUUACAUGACGACGCAAAGCCGACAAUUUGUGUUGUAGUAAAGUGACAUUUUCAAAUCAA